AAGCUCAAAAAUGUUGUAUUCUUCUUGAAACCAAGUAUUAGACAUGACAACAUUUCAUAGUACCUUUGUUUACAUUCUACAUGUGCUACUUCUUUGUUCACUUCCAUUAAAUAUCACAUCUUCAGCAAGAACUGAAGCUGAAGCUCUAAUCAAAUGGAAGAGUAACUUAUCUCCUAUUUCUUUUUUGGAUUCUUGGUCCAUUUCCAAUCUCAGAAACUUGUGUAAUUGGACAGCUAUUGUUUGCAAUACUGGUGGAACACUUUCUGAGAUCAAUCUUUCUGAUGCAACCCUCUCUGGCUCUCUUGAUCAGCUUGAUUUUACUUCAUUCCUGAACCUCACUCGUUUUAAUCUCAAUGGCAAUAACUUCAGUGGAUCGAUACCUUCGAAUAUUGGCAAUGUCUCUAUGCUCACUUUCUUGGACCUGAGUAACAAUAUCUUGGAAGGUGUCAUACCAGAAGAGAUUGGGAAGUUAACACAACUUGAAUAUCUCAGUUUUUAUAACAACAAUUUAAAUGGUGUUAUUCCCUAUCAAAUUAGCAAUCUUCAGAAGGUAAGGUACUUGGAUCUUGGAUCAAAUUACUUAGAAACUCCUGAUUGGUCUAAAUUGAGGAAUAUGCCUCUGUUGGCACAUCUGAGCUUUGGUUACAAUGAAUUGAGGUUAGAAUUCCCUGAAUUUGUACUCCGUUGCCAUAAUCUGACUUACCUCGAUAUAUCUUUAAACCAUUUGAAUGGUUCAAUCCCAGAAACAGUAUUCACCAACUUAGACAAGCUUGAGUACCUUAAUCUUUCAUCCAAUUCAUUUGAAGGUUUAUUGUCACCAAAUUUUACCAAGUUGUCCAAGUUAAAAGAACUUCGGAUUGGUCUUAACAUGUUUUCUGGCCUAAUUCCUGAUGAAAUUGGUUUGAUCACUAGUCUUGAAGUUGUUGUACUUUUCAACAAUUCAUUUCUAGGAAAUAUUCCAUCUUCUAUAGGAAGACUCACAAAUCUUCAACAACUAGACCUUCGAAAGAAUCGUUUGAAUUCAACCAUUCCUUCUGAGCUUGGCCUGUGUACUAACCUCACCGUCUUGGCUUUAGCAGAGAAUUUCUUGCAAGGACCAUUGCCUCCAUCUUUCUCUUCUCUGACCAAGUUAUCUGAUUUGGGGUUGUCUUCUAAUAUUCUUUCUGGUGAGAUCUCAACAUAUUUCAUCACCAAUUGGACUGAGCUGACAUCUUUGCAGCUUCAAAACAAUUCCUUUACUGGGAAUAUUCCAUCUGAAAUCAGUCAGUUGAAAAGCCUCAAAUAUCUUUUCCUCUUUCAUAACAAUUUCACUGGUCCCAUUCCCUCUGAGAUUGGAGACUUGCAAAACUUGUUGGAGCUAGAUUUCUCUGACAACCAGCUUUCAGGAACAAUACCUCCAUCCAUUGGAAACUUAACCAAUCUAACAACGUUGCAUCUUUUUCGCAAUGUUCUCAGUGGAACCAUUCCUCCUGAGAUUGGGAAAUUGACAUCUCUUCAGAUCCUUGAUAUCAAUACCAACCGACUUAGUGGUGAGCUGCCGGACAUCAUUUCUGACCUCAGCAGUCUGAACCUUUUUUUUGUAUAUAGUAAUAAUAUCUCGGGCAGUGUUCCUGAGGAUUUUGGAAAAAAAAGUCCUCAAUUGUCCAGUGUCAGCUUUUCAAAUAACAGCUUCAGUGGUGAACUGCCUCCUGGAUUAUGUAGCCAGUUUGCUCUUGAGGAGUUGACAAUAAAUGGCAACAAAUUCAGUGGAAAGUUACCAGAUUGCUUGAAGAAUUGCACAGAGCUAAAAAGAAUAAGGCUUGAAGGCAACAACUUAUCUGGUAAUCUUGCAGAGGCAUUUGGCGUGCACCCGAAUCUUGAUUUCCUUUCUCUCAUUGACAACCAAUUUUCAGGUGAACUCUCACCUGAAUGGGGGAAAUGUGAAAAACUCACAAGUCUAAGAAUGGAUGGAAACAAAAUUUCUGGUGUGAUCCCAGCUGAGCUAGGGAAUCUGAGGGAGCUGCGCGUGUUAACUUUGGAAGGAAAUGAAUUGACCGGUGAAAUUCCUUCUGAACUGGCAAAGUUAGGCCAGCUCUACAAUCUCAGCUUGAGCAAAAACAAUCUUACAGGAGGCAUCCCUCAGUCUGUUGGAAAUUUAACUAAGCUCCAGUAUCUUGACUUGUCAACAAACAAGUUAAGUGGUAACAUACCGGUAGAUGUUGGGAAGUGCGAGAGACUUUUGAGCUUGAAUCUUGGCAACAACUCAUUAUCAGGUGGUAUUCCCUCUGAACUUGGAAAUUUGAUGGGGUUGAGUAUUCUUUUGGACCUCAGUGGCAAUUCGCUAUCGGGAACAAUCCCACAAAACUUGGCCAAGCUUACCUCAUUGGAGGAUCUCAACCUCUCACAUAACAACCUCUCAGGUAGAAUUCCUCCGUCAUUAUCUCGCAUGGUCAGUCUUCAGGAAAUGGACUUUUCCUACAACGAGUUUUCAGGACCAAUUCCAACCGAUGGAGUAUUUCAAGGAGCGGCUGCUAGAUCUUUUCUUGGAAACUCUGGUUUGUGUGGAAAUGUAGAAGGAUUAUCCUCGUGUAAUUUGGCUACCCCGGAUGAGAAGUCCAGAAACAAGAAUCAAAAGGUUCUUAUUGGGGUACUUGUACCGGUGGCCUGCCUCAUACUUUUGGCAAUCAUUUUUGUUGCAUGCCUUGUAUCUCGAAGGAAGGCUAAGCAAUACGAUGAGGAGAUCAAAGCCAGCCAGAUGUAUGAGAAUUCAGAGUCUCUCAUUUGGGAAAGAGAAGGGAAGUUUACAUUUGGUGACAUUGUGAAAGCUACUGAAGAUUUCAAUGAGAAAAACUGCAUUGGAAGAGGAGGCUUUGGAAGUGUUUAUAGAGCAAUUUUGCCAUCUGGGCAGGUUGUUGCAGUCAAAAGACUCAACAUGUCAGACUCAAGUGACAUUCCUUUAACAAGUCGUCGAAGCUUUGAGAAUGAGAUUAGAACUUUGACAGAGGUGAGACACAGGAAUAUAAUCAAGCUCUUUGGUUACUGUUCCAAGAAUGGGUGCAUGUACUUGGUUUAUGAGUAUAUAGAAAAAGGUAGCCUCGGGAAAGUUCUGUAUGACAGUGAGAUGGUAACGGAACUGGGGUGGGGCACAAGAGUGAAAAUUGUGCAAGGAAUAGCACAUGCACUUGCUUACUUGCACCAUGACUGCUCCCCACCCAUCGUGCACCGUGAUGUAUCGCUGAAUAACAUCUUGCUUGAGUCAGAGUUCGAGCCACGACUCUCUGACUUUGGCACAGCAAAGCUGCUAGCUUCAGAAUCAUCAAAUUGGACCUCAGUUGCUGGUUCUUAUGGCUACAUGGCACCAGAGCUUGCAUUUACCAUGCGCGUUACAGAAAAAUGUGAUGUUUAUAGUUUUGGAGUUGUGGCUAUGGAGAUUAUGAUGGGAAGGCAUCCAGGGGAGCUUUUAACCUCAUUAUCAGCAGCAACAACUUUAUCAUCGGAAAUUCUUUUGAAGGAUGUUCUUGACCAAAGACUUCAACCGCCCACUGGCCACUUGGCAGAAGCAGUGGUUUUUGUUAUCACGAUUGCCUUUGCAUGCACACGUACCACUCCUGAGUCACGACCAACCAUGCGUUCUGUAGCACAAGAAUUAUCUGCUCAGACUUUGCCUUACCUUCCACAGCCAUUGGGGUCAAUAGAAGUGAGCAAACUAACAAGUUUCCAGAAAUAGCAGAAAGUAUGAGAUGACAAGCCUGAGGUAUAGGUGUGAAAAAUGUACAGGCUGCAGCAGAGUUCUAGUGUUAGUGUCUAUAUAGUUUCAAUGAUGAAACAUUGGGGCUGGCCGAAUUAUUACGUUGUGGGUGCACUUUUCUCUAGAGAGAAAGAAAUAAUAUCAUCCUGUUGAGCAUGAUACUCAGAUCUCAAAGUCUUAUAAUCCUAAUUAUAUUGAUAUCUUUACUUC